UGUGUGUGUGUACACACACCUCUCAGCGGCUCUCAACUCCUGUUGGUGUCAAAUAAAAGUCUUAACAAGCUGCAUGCUUGCAUUGUACGGAAAAGGAAAGCGAGUUGGAAUUACCUGGGAGUUGUAUUAUUAGCUUUUGAGUUUAUAGUGUUUACAGCGCCCGGCCAAACAUCAUGAUCCCACCUGGAGACUGUCUGUAUGCAGGGAGGAAAAGGAGAAAACCCGUUCAAAAGCAAAAACCAGCUGGAACGAACCAGAAGUCAAACCCGUCAAAGAGACACCGGGACCGUCUCAAUGCCGAGUUGGACCGACUGGCCAGCCUGUUGCCGUUCACACCAGACGUCAUCUCUAAACUGGACAAGCUGUCGGUGUUGCGCCUCAGUGUGAGCUAUCUCCGCGUCAAGAGCUUCUUUCAAACUAUUCAGGAGAAAUCAAGCAAAAAGCAAAGCCCUGCAUCCUGCAACCCUGAACCCAAGAAACACAGUCUAGCCAACGGCAUUCUGGAAAGCGAUCUUCUUCUUGAGUCUUUGACAGGGUUUGCACUGAUUGUUAGCUCAGACGGGGUCAUCUUCUACGCUUCCUCUACGAUCGUGGACUACCUGGGCUUCCAUCAGACUGAUGUGAUGCACCAGAACGUCUUUGAUUAUAUCCAUGUGGACGAACGGCAGGAGUUCAGAAGACAACUGCACUGGGCCAUGAAUCCCCAGCAGGAGCACCACUCACCCUCAGGAACUGAUGAAGACUACAUGGUGAGAAAUCUGUUUAACGCCCAAGAGCUGGACGGUGUCCCCACUGACCUGUCUCCGUUCCUCACCCGCUGCUUCAUCGCUCGAGUACGCUGCCUGCUCGACAACAAGUCGGGCUUCCUGAGGAUGCAGUUCCAGGGCAGUCUGAAGUUCCUCCAAGGCCAGAAGAGGAAGAGUAAAACCGGAGCUUUGCUGCCGCCUCAACUGGCUCUGUUCUGUGUGGCCGUGCCGCUCGUCCUGCCCUCUAUCACUGAGCUCAAGAUAAAGGGCAUAAUGAACAAACAGAAAGUCCCCAACAUCAGUGAAAAGCGGCUCCACAUUUCUCACACCUCUUGUGACGCUGCCGACAUGACGCUCAACUGGCACAGCGGAUCAUGGGCGAAUCUUUCCAAAGAUGGGAUCCAGUAUAAAAGUGAAGGUUUCUACAGUCAGGACGAGCCCCUUAACUUCUGCGUGUCCUCUAUGCCGGUCCAAAAAGUGCAGCCAACGCAAAAUUCCUGGGACUCUCGGUGUCAUUCCGCCUCCCCCAGCGGCUACUUCGGCAGCAAACUGGGGAAGCACGUCCAGUCCGGGAAGUUCCGCUUCUCCCCUGGUUGUGCCACUGCGAUGUCCCAGUGUAAACAGCUUGGACAGCUUGGUGAUAAGGACGGGUACUGUGGGUACAGGAAGGCCGAGAGUAGAUACAUGGGAAAUAGUGGUUGUUACAGCAACCUACUCCUGCCUGAGACUGCCAUAAAAACAGAGCACGACUCGGACUCAGAGAACGGCUGCAGCGUCUACAGCGCGCCGCAUAACGCCGCCUGGCGUUACAACACACCCUUCACUGACACACAGCAGGUGAAAACGGAGGAAGACUAUAAUGAGUAUUACUGCAAACCUGGCAUCACGAACGUCUCGGGACUCAACGGACAGCACAAAUAUCUUUACACAGGAGCACCCAGGCCGCUUAAAUGCGUCCUUAACAAAGACUAUUCUGAACCUCAGGGGACAAACUGCCACACGUACAUGAACAGUCCCGAGUCCAAGGUGUUUAUGCAGCCUGACUACAAGCUGAGCUACGAGGUGAGGAACCACAGUCUCCUUCACCCCAUCAAACGGGAACCCAUGGACUCCCUGCCCUGGACCGAAAGCAGCCAUGAUGUUGUUCAGGAACAUGUGGACAGAAACGAUGCGAACUUUACGCUCAAUUCGGUGGUGCACAAAACCAGUGCCUAUCUCUACAUGCAGUAACUUAACUUUUAGCGCCAAAUGAUGCCUUUUAUGAACCUCAGGUUUUUAUGUCUUGUCUUACAGACAGGUGUUAAAGCACUUGUUUUAUUAAGGGCUAGUUCUCGAUGAUGGCACUUUAACAAGUCACUUAGUAUUUUGUUUGUAACCUUCGUUUGCAGUUGCCUCUUAUGGAAUUGUACAUCAUACACAGUACAUAUUUUUAACUAUAUUGUAUAUUUCAUAUGCAUUUGUGUACACCACAAAAAAGAAGGAAAGAUUCUUCAGUUAUGGGAUACCACACCUUGAAUUUUGCGUUCUGAUUGGUCAGAUGAUGAUGAUGGAUAAUUCUCUAUAACAGCACCAAUGAGAGUUUUGUACGCUUUCUAUUGCGCCAUCAUUUUUAAAUCAUUCAAUUUAACAGUUUUCCUUGAA